AGCUGAUUAUGGCGCGAACGGAUGGUGGCGACGCCAUUGUUAUCAGCUCACCUCCGUUCAAUUAGCCACUGUGCCAAAUAUUCACAGAAAACACUUCAUAACCUGUGUAGAUUAUGUGCGUUUUGUAGUUCAUUGAUUGUUUUCGAAUAUUGAAGUUGUUCGAUUUGUUUAAUCCGUUUUUCAAAUUGCAAAAUGGCGGAUAAUGCUUCUGCGAAGGUUGUAUUCUUACAUGGUGAUUUAUAUCUCCAAGUUAUCGAAGCUCAAAACUUACCGAAUAUGGAUGUAGUCACCGGUCACAUCCUCCGUUGCGUGUCCUUCGAUUCUUGCCCGGAAGACACCUCUACCGCUGGAUCCCCAGACAAGAAACUGCGUUCCAGCGGUCGGAAGAUCAUUGCAAGCGAUCCUUACGUCAAAGUAUCGGUGCCUCAAGCAGCCGUCGCACGUACGCGUGUGUUGAAAAACUCCAAAAACCCAAGGUGGAACGAGCGAUUUAUCAUUCCGUUAGCUCACGAGCUUGUUCACUUGGAGUUCGAAGUGAAAGACGACGAUAUUUUCGGGGCUGAUUUGUUGGGGUUCGUUCACAUCCCUGCGGAGGAGAUCGCUACCGGAAAAGUGAUCACCGGUUGGUUCCCUCUGAAAAAUUCACGCAAGGAUGACGCGUCGCUGAGGCUGGAGAUGAAGUUCGUACCCUGUGAAACUAAUCCGCUUUACCGGCACGGGAUUGCUGGAGAUCCGGAGCUGAAAGGCGUCCGGAACACAUAUUUUCCGGUGAGGAAAGGUUCUGAGGUGAGAUUAUACCAGGAUGCUCACAUCAUGCCUGGAUCUAUGAUGCCUAAGAUUGAAUUGGACGGAGGUAAGGUUUAUGAGCACAAUUCGUGUUGGGAAGAUAUAUGUGAGGCUAUAUCAUCAGCUCAUCAUAUGAUAUACAUCGUCGGUUGGUCCAUUUUUGACAAAAUUAAACUAAUCAGAGAACCCACUCGUCAAUUGCCCAGAGGUGGUGACUUGACACUUGGUGAAUUGCUCAAAUACAAAUCCGAAGAAGGGGUUAGGGUUUUGUUGUUGGUUUGGGAUGAUAAAACUUCUCACAGUAAGCUGUUCAUUAACACGACUGGAGUAAUGCAAACUCACGAUGAAGAAACCAGGAAGUUUUUCAGGCAUUCAUCUGUGCACUGUGUGCUUUCACCUCGCUAUGGAAGUGGUAAACUAGGGCUUUUCAAACAACAGGUUGUUGGAGGUGCUUUUACACACCAUCAGAAAUGUGUACUCGUGGAUACACAAUCAUUAUCAUACCACAAUAACAGAAAGAUUACAGCCUUUUUAGGUGGUCUUGAUCUCUGUGAUGGACGAUAUGACACACCUGAACAUAGAUUAUUUAAAGAUCUUGACUCUGUAUUCAGAGACGAUUUUCACCAACCUACCUUCCCUGCAGGAACAAAGGCCCCAAGGCAGCCAUGGCAUGACUUACACUGCAAAAUGGAUGGUCCUGCUGCAUAUGAUGUUCUUCUAAACUUUGAGCAACGAUGGAGAAAAGCUACAAAAUGGCGUGAAUUUGCAUUAGUUGCUAAAAGAAUGGCUCAUUGGAAAGAUGAUGCAUUGUUAAAAAUUGACAGAAUUUCAUGGAUUGCUAGCCCUAAGUAUCCUGUUCCAGAACAUGGAGAUCACACCAUUGUUCCUGAAGAUGAUCCAAUGUUACACGUGUCCAGUGAAGAAGACCCUGAAAACUGGCACGUGCAGAUUUUUCGGUCUAUUGAUUCCGGAUCUUUGAAAGGAUUUCCCAAAACUGUGGAUGUUGCUGAGGCACAGAAUCUUAUUACUGCAAAAAAUAUGGUUAUAGACAAGAGUAUUCAAACAGCAUAUAUCCAAGCGAUUCGAUCAGCUCAGCAUUUCAUUUACAUUGAGAAUCAAUAUUUCAUUGGAUCAUCAUACGCAUGGUCAUACGAAAACGCAGGAGCUGAUAACUUAAUCCCUAUGGAGUUGGCUCAAAAAAUAGCAAGUAAGAUAAGAAAGAAUGAGAGAUUUUCGGUUUAUGUUGUGAUACCAAUGUGGCCUGAGGGUGUCCCAACUUCUGCUACAGUGCAAGAAAUUCUUUAUUGGCAGAGGCAGACAAUGCAAAUGAUGUACAACGUUGUUACACAAGCAAUCAAAUCCAUGCAACUAAAAGUGCACCCUCAAGACUACUUAAAUUUCUAUUGCCUUGGGAAACGGGAAGAAUUACCUUUUAAAAUGAAUCAAUUAUUUACAGAUGACAAGGUCUCAGAUUCACAAAAGUUCAUGAGAUUCAUGAUUUAUGUACACGCUAAAGGAAUGAUCGUGGAUGAUGAGUAUGUAAUUGUGGGGUCUGCCAACAUUAAUCAAAGAUCUUUAGCUGGUUCAAAAGACACCGAAAUAGCCAUGGGUUCAUAUCAACCCCAUCACACGUGGGCAUCAAAAAACCAACACCCAUAUGGACAGGUGUAUGGUUAUAGAAUGUCGUUGUGGGCUGAACAUUUGGGGGCAUUAAAGAAAUGCUACAUGGAGCCAGAAAGUUUGGAGUGUGUAAAUAGUGUUAAUAAAAUAGCUGAAGAUAACUGGAAACGAUAUACAGAUGAGAAGUAUACAGCAUUGGAAGGUCAUCUUUUAAGGUAUCCAUUACAAGUUAAUGGUGAUGGGAAGGUGAGCUCGCUGCCCGGAUUUGAGAAUUUCCCUGAUGUUGGAGGUAAAGUAAUGGGGUCCCACUCGCCCGCACUGCCCGAUAUUUUAACUACAUGAUUUGUGAAUUUGUUAAGAUAGUAAAUAUGUUGGACAUUUAAGGAAUUUGUGAAUUAAAGCAU